AUGGGGGUCUUUAAUAUGGUAACCGAUAUCGCCCUUAUUAUCUUGCCCUUUCCGAUUCUCCGAUAUAGCCACCUUCCCGGCCGACAGAAAAUUCCACUAGGUAUCCUAUUCGGCAUUGGUAGUAUUAUUGUCAUCAUCACAAUAGUCCGACUCCCGCUUGUUGUGAAACAAUCGUUAUCCAUACAGGCCCGCGCGACGGGAGCAUCCAUCGAGAUUCUGGGCGCUACCAUUGUUGCCAACGCUGCCUUCUUUUUUGCCCUUCUUAAAGAUAUUCAUAGAGGGCACGACAAUAAUUGUGCAGGCCGUCAGGGUGCUGGCUUUCGGCCUUGUACUUCUGAUGCCGACCUCGGUCUUGUUUCUCGCCACAGCCAUUCGAGCCAGAGCCCAACGACUGGCCACUGCCAAGUCAGUUCCGCGAGGCCUCGCGUUGCUGCUGAUCCUAGCUUCGACCCCACUUACCCUCCAUCUCCUCUUCUAAGCCGCUAUGAUGUCCCAUUCGAUUCGACGUCGAGUCAUCGGCCAUGA